AUGUCUCGCAUGCCAAACGAGGCUGUCCUUCAGUCUCUCCGAGGCGAGUUAAAAGGCAACAUCUUCCGAAACGUUGAUGGUUUCUAUGCCAAGUACUUCGACCCGAAGCCCUGGACCGCAGUAAUCCGGAACAAAUGGGUAGAACCAAAGUCUGCCGACAUCCUGAGCAAGUUGUCUGCCAACCCGAUUUCCGGCGUCGACCAAGCCAACUUGCGCUUCCACAGCCAGCGGCUCCUCAACCCGGAUGGCACGUCUUUAAGCCUAACCCUUGAGACAUCCCAUGUCCAGUCCGUUGCAGGCAGCACCCGAGUGUUUGGCGAAUUCCAUGAUGACAGCGCCCCCGUCAUGGCUGAUGACGAUGACGACGACAUUCUGCGCUUCUGCGAGCGAGCACAGCAGGUGUUCAAGACCCAGUCGGCUCGACGCUUAGUACACGGCUUCCUGGUCCGUGGUACGACGCUGGAGCCCUGGGUUUUUGAUCGGUCGGGCGCCUAUAGUGGUGAGAGGGUCGACCUGGCACGGAAACCCGAAGCGUCGGUGCGCAUGUUGACCAGCUACACCCUGAUGAGUGAUGAGGAAGCUGGCUUCAACACCUUUAUAAAGCGCCUUGCCCUUGGAUCGAAUAGCUACGUCACAUUUCAUCAGCGCGACAAGUUCCACCUCCGGCCAGAGUGGGUUGCAACGGCCGACUACAUAGUCGGGCCCGGAACGACCUUGCGGCCUCGACAUCGACAGUCGGGGAACCAGACACUGUCAUCAAGUUUUCCUGGCGAGAGGAUGAAGAGCCCACCGAAGAGAUGGGCUUUUCCUCAACCGUUUGCCAACCGGACACUAUCGUGCGUCGCAACCACCCCUUUGGGGCGUCCAAUCCGACAGUUCACGUCCAUUCCGGAGCUGUUGGAAGUCUUGCGCGACCUUGUCAAGGCUCUUCAAUCUCUCUACCUAAAGGCGAGGAUUCUCCAUCGCGACGUCGCCAUCAAGAAUUUGAUCAUCGCUCCGCAGCACAGCGCGGACAGCCCCAAGGGCAUCUUGCUCGAUUUCAACUACGCGCUGGAUCUCGACAACGUCCGUCCUAUUGAGCCAAUGGUUGGAUCAGAUGGGUUCGUGGCCAUUGGUAUUCUCUGCGGGCAACGGCAUACAUAUCGGCACGCCUUGGAAUCCCUGUUUUACGUAUUUCUAUGGAUCGCUAUUGCCAACGAUCGCGUGCACGACGAGGCGAAUGAUAUACUGCAAGACAUGCCGAAGACAUGGCGACUCUGGAAAUGGUGUAGCAUGGACUUUGGUGCAGUCGGGCGGGACAAGGCCGCCAACAUGAGCCCUGAGGGCUUUGAAGGAAUUCUGGACGAGUUUCCCCCGACUUUGUUCCUCUCCGAGGUCUGGCCAGGGAACUGCACGCGCUGA